AUGUUUUCCCGACGUAGCGGCUCAAGCAUGACAAGCAUGGCAAGCUCAUCAAGCGCCAAACAAGACUUCUGGUCCCAGCACUCACCUAUCAAGAUCGUCAUUCUCCAAUGGGUUGACAUCUGCGGUGUUCUAAGAACAAGAUUAGUCCCCGUCAAAACAUUUAAGAAAAUAAUUGAGACAAAUGGAUUUCUUAGCUGCGCACCUCUCGACACAUGCGUCACCACUACAGCGGAAUUCAUUCCCAAAAUCAUGCCGUAUUUUAUCGACUCUGGCAAGAUCUGGCCUGAUGUCUCGUCACUCAAGGUCGCGAGGCGUGGCUCAAACUCAGCUGUGUGUUUCGGUAACGUCGCGUUUCAGAAUACCGAUGCCAGGCAGAAUUUGAAGAAUCUGGUCGAAAAAGCUAAGAAAUGGGAGGGACUGGAGUUUUUGGUUGGUAUGGAGUUGGAGUUUUGCUUCCUUGAGCCUGGAACGUUGGAUGCCGCAGAGGCCGGAAGUGCGGGCGUUGCGCAUACCUCGAAGACUCUUCGGUCCAGAAUUUGGCCGGUGAUAAACGAGGUUCUUACUGGUUUGGCGGAGGCUGGUAUUGAAGUUGAGCAAUCUGUGAAGGAGUAUGGUCAAUCAGCCUACGAAGUCGCUCUGUCACCACUGCCUCCGGUAGAGGCUGUCGAUGCGUAUUUCUAUGCUGUCGAGCUCAUCAAGAAUUUCGCGCAUGCGAAGAAGAUGGUGGCUACGUUCUAUCCAACACCUUACGAGGGGGAAACUGGUCAGAAGAGUGGGCAGCAUAUUCACAUUUCCGUCACACCGACGAUCAAGGACAAGAUCUGGGAUCCAGAUGCAGCUAUGGGUGGACUACUGAGCCAUAUACCUGCUUUGAUGGCAAUCGGUAUGGCACAGAGCGACUCUUACGAAAGGGUCGGUGUUGGAAAAAUGUGCACAGGUGGUAUUGUUGGCUGGGGUGACAAUAACCGAGAUAUGCCCGUCAGAAGAGUUACCAAAAAUCACUGGGAAGUUCGAGUCAAUGAUGCAACAUCGAACCCAUACGCCAUGGUAGCUGGAGUCAUGGGCGCUUUGCUUGAUCCAAAGCCUCUUCAGAUUGAGGCCGCUACCAAAUUCACUCUCUUCUACUCGGACGAAGAGAAGGAGAAGAUGGGAUUGACCAAACUUCUUCCAACCUCGCUAGAGGAAGCGCUGAAAGAGCUUGAGAUUGACUGGACUUGGGCGACUCGGGUCUUGGGACAGGAGUAUGUUGAGUGGUUCAUUGCGUUGAAGAAGGCAGAGAUUGAGACCUUGGGCAAGAUGGAUGUCAAGCAGAGAAGGCUCUUGAUGCUUGACUUAUUCUAA